AUGACGCCCCCGGCCCGAGGACGGGGGACUAGUCAGCGCAGCCCAACCGUCUUGGUCACAGAUUCCCGAGAUCAGCAACAGCCCCAAGCACCCCGCCGACGACGCUCGCCCGCAACCCGAUUCAUCACCGUCGACAACGUCCUCCAAUACGCCUCCGACGUCCCUUCAAUGCAGCAGCGCGGCCCACCCAUCUCGCGGUCACGCCGUCUUGCGUCCGCAGCUGGAGGCUUAAUAACCAGCGCAGGCAGUAGCAGUUCAAGCGCAGUAGCAGGAUCCGGCGGCACGAUGAGCCGAAUUGCCGCGCAACCGCGACUCCCGCCUCGAACGACGAAAGUCAGUGAGAAGCUGGUCCUUCUCCCCGAUACUGGCGAGCUGGAGGAGGGUGAAACGGAAGAAGAUGACGAUGAUUCUGACGGUGUGGACCUCGUGGACGAGGAGCUUGUCGAACGUCUGGCCAAGGAGAAAAACAUCGACCCUGAAAGGAUCAGACAUCAAUUGCUUAUGUCAAAGCGACGUGGAGGUGAUUUCGAUGAAGAACUCUUGAAGAAACGCCGUGUUGCGCCUGAGCGCGCGAAGAGUUAUGCGGAGCGGUUGCCGAAGGCGCGGCGCACGGAGAAGCUUGCGCGUGUUACCGCGUACUGUACGGCCCAGGCGUAUAAGAUGGGGUCGCUUGCUGCUUUUGUUAAGGAGCAGCAUGGUGGAAGGACGAAGCUCUACGAUGAUUGUCUUUACACCGCAUAUCAUCUACCUCUUUUGCCGGGCCAUGAGGGGUAUCGUCUGCGGAGUAGCCCUGUGUUGAAAUACCCUGGUGGCAAGUCGCUUUUGGAUGAAGAGAUUGAACGAAAUGAGCUUCGUGAUUAUCAUGAUGAGUAUAUGCUUGAGACGGAGGAGCAUUCCGUUGGUGGACACAAUCGUCCGGAGGAUGAGCACCAUUAUGAAGGAUCGCCGCGACAGUCUGAGAGUCACGACCAUGAGUCCCGGGAGGAGAACCGUGAGGAAUUCUUGAAUCGCAUCACUGAGGAAGUUGGUGGCCAUCUACCCAGUGAAAAUGACCAUGCUAUCAGCUCCAGCGAAAGUGUCGAUGAGUUGCGGCAUAUCUCGCCACCAAGCAGCAAUGGAGAGGCCCAGCAAUCUUCGCCUGAACCUGCAGUCCGUCGCCGAAGGCACAGCACGGACGACACCCACGCUUUGAUUCGAGACCGUCCUUCCCUGCCAACCCCUACACCCUCCUCGUCCUCAUCACCACCGGCCUCAACACCCCAAGCCCCAGCUCGGACGCUAUACAAUGUUGCUGAGAUGUUCGUUUUCAGUUACGGCGUCGUCGUCUUCUGGAACUUCACCGAACGACAGGAGAAAGACCUGCUGGCCGAUCUGGCCUUUGCGACAUCAUCGGCAACUGGCGUCCCUACUCCUCUGGCGACCAUGCCUCUUGAUGAGGAAGACUUUGAGACAGAAGAGUUCCAUUUCGAGUAUUCGACCGAGAUCUCGCGCCCUCGAGUCUAUAACGACAUGAUCACGCUUCGUAGUGGCGACCACAUGAUCAAGCUCGCUAUUAGCCAUGGUAUUGCACAGAGCACUAAACUGUGCUUCUUUGAAGAAGUCAUGGCCCGACAGAUGGCAGACGCUAAAGAUGUUCCCAGACGUCUCGCCGUUUCAGGCCAACUAGGCAUGAAGCGCGAAGAGGUUUUCCGGAUCUUGGGUCGGUUGUUCAAGAGUCGUGUUGAGGUCAACCUUUCAUCUAACAUGCUCGAUGUCCCCAACUUCUUCUGGGAAAGCGAGCCAACCCUGUACCCACUCUACAUCGCCGUGCGCGAGUAUUUGGAAAUCAAACCACGUAUCCAAGUCCUCAAUGAGAGAUGUCGCGUAUUCCUCGAUCUUGCAGAGAUCCUGUCCGACUCAAUUGCCGACAACCGCACUUCCCACCAAACCUGGAUCAUCAUUGUCCUGAUCAUCAUCUCAAUCAUCGUUACAACCUUCGAAGUCUUCCUCCGCUUCGGCAUUCUCCAAUCAGGCCAGGGCGCCGCUGGUACGCCUGCUAGUAUUCUAGCCCGCGCGAUGGGCAGAUCUGUUGCCCCCUCUCCAUCACCAGAAUGGUACCCAUACUCCGCCGGCAAUGCGCCACCAGGCUGUAUCUGCCCCUCUCUUGGCCCUGCGGGCGGUGCCGCAGAUAUGGGCGUCAGUGGGAUGAUGGGAUACUAA